CCUCUCUCUCUUUCUCUUUCUCUGUUUGAUCUCUCAACCCAGUUGAGAUGAAGAACAUCAACAACACAAAGCUGAUCCUUCUCCACCCCUACAUCCAGAAACAGGGAACCUCCAACCACCUAUGGAUUCUAGCCUUCAUGUCCAUCUUCACACUCGCUUUCCUUCUCACAAUCAUUUACACAAGCGGCUUGUACGCAUACUCAUCAACCACAACAACCACCAUCUCUGCCGCCACAAUAACCACCACGACAACCGCCUCCACAGUCGUCCCCCAGCUCCCCACCACCGUCCCCCAGCUCCCUACCACCAUCAUCAACACCCUCCUCUACUAUGCCACCAAAUCCAAUGACACAUUCAAAAUGUCGUACGCCGACAUCAAGCCCAUCUCGGACGCCCUCCGAAAAUGCUCAACCCCCUGCAACUUCCUCAUCUUUGGCCUCACCCACGAGACCCUCCUCUGUAAGGCCCUCAACAACAACGGCCGCACCGUCUUCAUCGACGAAAACCGCUACUUCGCCGCCUACAUGGAGGAGAAACACCCGGAAAUCGAUGCAACCGACGUGCAGUACACAACAAAAUCGAAAAAGCUCAAGGAGACCCCAUUCCAAAUCAAAAUCUGUUGUUGUAUCAAAGACCAAUUUUUCAUAAUCUUGAGUUUUUCUUAUAUGUAUGCAUAAUUCAU